AAAAUAUCGAUCGUGUAGAACCAUCUUUUACCGCACAUAAAUAAAACCCAUGAUGGGUCAAAUUGCUGAUGAAUCUUUACUUAAAAUACCCUCACCGAUUCUCUCUCUCUCUCAUCCACCCCCAUUUUCUCUCUCUAACCCCUCUCAAAACCGGGUUCUUUUCUCGUCAACAAUCUUGUUGUUGUUCAAUUGUUAAAAAAAAUCCCAUUUUUUUAUACACCCAAUUGAGCAAACGGAUAAUCUUUAAAAGGGGUUUGAGAAAGUUUGUGUUUUUUUAAGUUUAUUAUUGAUGGCUGCCAGUGCAAACCCUUCUGCGAAUAAUAAUAAUGAAUCAACCAGUAAUGGAAAUGGCGCCACCGCUAACGGCGGCGGUGCGGCGGCGCCGGAGAAUUCGGUGGUGGGUCCUACUCAGUCUGCGUUGAGGCAUAACCCGGGGUUAUCUGUUGAAUGGGCUCCUGAUGAACAGUCUCUGUUGGAAGAGUUGCUCACAAAAUAUGCCUCAGAUAGUGCUGUAUUGCGUUACGCAAAGAUUGCAAAGAAGUUGCAAGACAAAACAGUCCGGGAUGUUGCUCUUCGUUGUAGAUGGAUGACGAAAAAGGAAAAUGGUAAGAGAAGGAAAGAGGAUAAUAAUUCAUCAAGGAAGAACAAAGAUAAAAAGGAGAAAGUAACCGAGCAUUUGGCAAAGUCGUCUUCUCAUGCCACAAACCGUGCCAAUGGCCCGCCAUAUGCUCAAUCAGCAGUCUCUAUGGACAGUGAUGAUGGUAUCUCUUACAAAGCAAUCGGUGGUACGGCAGGGCAGCUUCUUGAGCAGAACGCUCAGGCGUUCGAUCAAAUUUCUGCAAAUUUUGCUGCUUUUAAGGUGCAUGAGAACAUCAACCUCUUCUGCCAGGCGCAAAACAAUAUUGUCUCUAUCUUGAACGACUUAAAUGAUAUGCCGCCAGAGAUAAUGAAGCAGAUGCCAGCACUUCCCGUAAAGCUUAACGAGGAACUCACCAACUCCAUGCUUCCCCAAUCAUCUUUGGCCAAAAAAGCUUGAAUCUUUUUUCGGUUCUUACUUCAAACAUGGAGACGAUGAUGAUGAUGACGACGAAGAUGAUGUUGUUUCCAGUUGCUUGUCGAAACGUUGUUUAGAUGCGUUACUUGUGCUUUUCAUGCUAGAUGUUUGUGAAUAGGUGUGUAGUUGUAUCAAAAGAAAGAUUCUGUAAAAUGAGGUAGGAUGGAAUCAAGUUGAUUCAAAGUUUGUUUUGUCUUUUCGAAGGCGAUUUACAAUCAAGCUUCAAGAAAGAAAUUUAUAAAAUAAAUUCCUGAAACAAAA